UGCGAAGGUAGUGGAUCGCGUAAGUGGGGCUUCGGGGAAACUGACAGAAGGAGUCGCAACUGGGAAUACAACAGGACAGACGAUAUCUCUUUCAGUCUCCUCCUGCUGGUGUUUGUUCUCUGUGGCUUGGUACUGCUGGGUGGCAUCACCCUCGCCACCUGGAAGCUGUGCCUGGGGCCCUGGCGCAGCACAGCCAUCCUGCCCAGCGUCCCCACCUGCCCCGAGACAGCAAGAGAAGGUGACAGAGACUACUAUCCACCCCACGGAGAAAUCAUGGCGGCAGACAAGCUGAAGGGACCUGGAAAUUUUCUAGAAGCGGCAGUGAAGAUCAGUCAUACAUCACCAGACAUCCCCACAGAUGUGCAGCUGUCCAUGAAGGACCACUUGUUGAAACGCACACGCAUCGCACGGCAGACCACCGAGCCAGCCUCCUCCAACAGGCAUAAUUCUUUUAAGAAAAACCUACCCAGACAGAUGCAUCAUGUUACCAGUCUGGACCGCGGGAGCGAAUGUUUGGACGUCGAAGAUCAUCCCACCUGCACAGCUGCUGCUCUUGGCCGCAUCCAGCCUGAACUGUACAAACAGAGCCUGCAGGAGACCGAGGAGUCAUCCAAGAACAGCGCAGCCAAGACCUGUGGCAAGAUCAACUUCUCACUCAAGUACGAUUACGAGGGCGAGCUCCUGCUCGUCAACAUCCUCGAGGCACAGGAUCUGCCUGCCAAAGAUCUAUGUGGCAGCUCAGACCCCUACGUCAAGGUAUACCUGCUGCCAGACCGCAAGCGCAAGUUCCAGACCCGUGUGCACCGUAAAACUCUCAACCCCACGUUCGACGAGACAUUCCAGUUCCCUGUCCCCUAUGAGGAGCUGGCAGCUAGGAAGCUUCACCUGAGCGUGUUUGACUUUGACCGCUUCUCUCGACAUGACAUGAUUGGCGAGGUGAUACUCGAAAACCUGUUUGAAGUGUCCGACCUCUCACGGGAAACUUCCAUCUGGAAAGACAUUCAGUACACCACUAGUGAAAGUGUUGACCUCGGGGAGAUAAUGUUCUCCCUGUGUUACCUACCAACUGCAGGACGACUCACUCUUACAGUCAUCAAGUGCAGGAACCUUAAAGCCAUGGACAUAACAGGUUACUCAGAUCCAUAUGUGAAAGUAUCACUCAUUUGUGAUGGGAAAAGGCUGAAAAAGAAGAAAACUACAAUAAAGAAGAACACAUUAAACCCUGUGUACAAUGAAGCCAUUAUCUUUGACAUCCCUCCAGAAAACAUGGAGCAAGUCAGCUUACACAUAUCAGUUAUGGACUAUGAUUUAGUGGGACACAAUGAGGUCAUCGGUGUAAAUCGUGUGGGAUGCCACGCAGAAGGGCUGGGAAGAGAUCACUGGAAUGAGAUGUUGGCUUAUCCUCGCAAACCCAUCGCACACUGGCACCCUCUCCUGGAACCUAAGAAGUCUGAGAAAGAGUGGAAGACACGCACAGCAAGCUUCGACAGUCAGGGUUCCUGUCCAUCUCCCCGACUACCGUCCAGUCCGUAGAGAAGAGGCCUGAAGCACUUCAUCCUAAGGUUUCUCAGCAGCCCACAACCUACCAGGGAAUCUGUGGUAAGAAUCACACAUGUCCUAAGACAACCUGGGGUGCAUCGUCUGUCUGUGUGGGCAUGUCUUUUGGUACAGACAAAGGGAAGACAAGAAGAGAAGACAAAGAGAAGGACUUUCAUUUGUAACGUGCAACUGAGCCUCGCCAAGCUUUAGAUGGGGCAUUAGGGUUGUUGUUUUUUCAGCAUAGGUCUCAGAGUCUCCUACAGGCUACAUUCACAGGCAAGUCCAGAAAGUUAUGUUAAUAAAUUGCCAUGUAUGUUUGGUGUUCCAAAUAGGCAGUUUACGAAUGUUUGAUAUAAUCUUGUAAAAAUCUCAUUAAAAAACUGUUCUAAGCUACUCUUGAGGACUUUGUUUGUAGUAUUGGUAAAUUGGUAUAGAAGGGAGAUGUAUAAGAAAGACACUGAGAGACAUACAUUUUGGUUUACAUAAACUUGGCAAAACCUCCAUGUUGUCAGACUAGAGGUACUCCUGUGAUCUUCCUUUUGCUUGUGAUGUUGUGAUACUGUUUGCUACCCAGCAAGUUUAAGCUCAAUGCCAAGAGACAAGACUGUAUUGCUUAAAUAGGUUCAGACUGGCUGUUUACAAAUGUAUUUAUUUAUGUAUAGUUAUUUGACACCUGUAAAAUUUAAUAAGCUUUUUUUGUGAAAUUUCCAAUAACAAAUAUUAAAAUAUUGUAGAUAUUUUGAUACAGAGGUAUGUUAAAAGGUUAUAUGAAUAUCCCAGGAAACAUACCAGCAAACUUAUUUUUAGUUACCUGUAUGUAUCUUACAUUUUGCCUAUUUAUUUUCACUUCAGUGUCUCUGAUUAAGAUAAAUUCUGUGUUUAAGCAAUAUCAUUUAAAGUACCACUCAAUAUAAAAUAGAAUACUCUUCAGUUUAAUGUUCUAAAUUGGUUUGAUGUGGACAGGACAUUUUCUGUCUUAUAAAUAGGUAGAAAAUGACAUAGCAAGAGCAUAUUAUUUAACUUGAUCAUUAAAUGCAUAAUUCAGAAUGGAAAUGUAUCUUUUUCAUCAUAGUAGACCUGUUUACGGAAUCGCUAUAUAAAUUGUAUAGUUUGACAUUUUCCAGUGUAUUUUCCAAUUAGUAGGGAAAAAAACAUUCUGGGCUACAUUUACCAGAAUGUCUUUAGCUUAUUUAUGAUUAUAUUACCAAUCCAGUAUCUUCAAAUGCUCUUUCUAUAUAGCGAUGAUCAUUCGCUAGGAGGGUAGGACUUAAAUUACUCAGAUAUGUGUGAUCACAUAUGGGUCACGCAUCAUCUUAUCCUCCACAAUCCACAUGACAUGAAGCUGAAACUGGAAGACUCAUUUAUAUAAAUUAUUAUUUCACCAAGCUGUAAUCAGAGGCUUCCUGGUGGUUCCAGACACAGACCAACUUUUCUCCACAUCCCUAAAGCCACUGUCUGUGACUGCCCCCAUCUUAGCACUGAGUUUACUCUAUGAGUGCAUGGCCAUUAGGCAUGGUGCAUCUGCUAGGAACAGGAAUCUUGUAACACUGUUAUUCUUUGAAAGUCUCUGCCAUUCCUUGAGCUUUAAAGUACUUAAAAUAUUUUAUAACGUUCUACAAAAAUGAACUAUUUGUUGCUGUUUUUCUUGUAUUAAUUUCCAGUUAAGUGAACUUUGACAUAUGUUUAUUGUUCUGUAUUUCUACUGUUACCUAUUAAUUCUUCCUUAAUGUAAUGCAAGCUGUUACUUGCUUUGGCUGGAAUGCCCCUACUAUAGGAUCAUAGACACAAUGUUCUUUCAUUUUCAAGUGGCAACAAGUCACUUUUCAUUUUUAUAUUAAGAAUUUGUUGUUGUAGUUAAUUAUUUCAGAUCAUGAUUACCCAUUGUAUUUUAAAUGUGUCAUUAAAGUUGUCAGUUCCGA